AGCUUCCUAUCGCAUACCCAGACCAGGGCACGCCAACUUGUUCCCUCCAACAUUCGCUAUUUCGCUGCCUGGACUCUUCUUUCGUGUCGACGUCGUCAGCAGCAGCAACAACAACAUCUACAGUAAUUCGUCCUGCGGUCCCAAUACCGCUUCCUCUCGAUACUCGCGCUCCCUUGCGAAUGUUCCAGUGCCGCAGCUUACGAGGCUCGCGCAAAGGGUUUCCCACUUGAUCUGGACGAUCGCGACGGCUUUAAAUUAUCGCAAAGAGACAGAGACGGAGACGUCGCAAAUACAAUGGCUUCCGCAAGACUCGUUGGAAUGGGCUUCCAGCUCCUUAAGCGAGCGACCGAUGAAGAGAGCGAUCCUGAGGAGGGUGACUCUGCUCAGAAGGAAUUGUUCGCGGCAUGGGCGCUCUUCAUCUCGAUUAUGCUGCUCAUUAUUGCUUUCUUCACAAGCUAUAUGCUGCAGAUGAAGAAGGUCACUGCUAUACAUGAAACGGUUAUAUCCAUCUUUGCUGGAAUGGUUGUUGGGCUUGUCUUGAUGAUAGCUUCUGGCGACUCUAUUCGCAACAUGAUCAGUUUCGACUACCAAAUCUUCUUCAACCUUCUUCUGCCACCUAUUAUUCUAUCCUCGGGUUAUGAGCUACAUCAGGCCAACUUCUUCCGCAAUAUUGGUACCAUCUUGACCUUUGCCUUUGCUGGAACCUUUCUGUCGGCUGUCGUCAUUGGCUUGAUCCUGUACAUCUUUACACUCCUCCCCGGAUCGCUGGGCAUGACCUUUGUCGAUGCGAUUUCCGUGGGCGCAACUCUCUCCGCUACUGACCCUGUCACUAUUCUCGCAAUCUUCAACACCUACAAGGUUGACCCCAAGCUGUAUACCAUCAUCUUUGGAGAGUCGAUUCUCAAUGAUGCUAUUGCCAUUGUCAUUUUCGAAACUGCGCAGAAGUACAAGAAGGGCGAGGCUGCUAAUCUUGGCAUCGUCAGCUUCUUCGAAGGUACAGGAAUCUUUUUGCUCGUCUUCUUCUGCAGCAUGUUCAUCGGCUUCAUUGUUGGCGUGGGCACUGCUUUGCUGCUUAAGUUUACCUACCUUCGCCGUAUUCCCAAGAUUGAGAGUUGUUUGAUUGUCUUGAUCGCCUACGCCACUUACUUCUUCUCUCACGGCCUUCAUAUGUCUGGUAUUGUGUCGCUGCUUUUCUGCGGUAUUACACUUAAGCACUAUGCCUAUUUCAACAUGUCACGCCGAACUCAACUCACCACCAAGUUCAUCUUUCAGAUCUUAUCGCAGUUGUCUGAGAACUUCAUAUUCAUUUACCUGGGGCUGGCUUUGUUCACAGACAACAACCUUUCAUUCCAGCCGCCUCUCAUCAUUGUCACUAUUCUGGCUGUCUGUGCUGCCAGAUGGGUCGCUGUAUUCCCUUUGUCCAAGGCUAUUAACUGGUUCAUCCGAUAUCGCGCCAGCAGACGCGGUCAAGAGGUUGGCGAUGAGCUGCCCUACAACUACCAGGCCAUGCUCUACUGGGCUGGCCUCCGUGGAGCUGUCGGCGUGGCGCUUGCUGCUUUGCUCACUGGCGACAACGCGCCCGCACUUAGAGCUACUGUUCUGGUUGUUGUCGUGCUUACUGUCAUCAUUUUUGGUGGUACGACUGCUCGAAUGCUUGAGAUCCUGGGUAUUCGGACUGGCGUUGUUGAAGAAGUCGACAGCGACGAUGAGUUCGAUAUCGAGACCUUUGGCGGAGGCCUUCAGGUCAAGCGUUCAGGAACAGGGAUCGGAUAUAAUCCUCGCCGGAAUGGCAGCGUCGCCCUUGGCAGUCUCGAAGCUGGCCAGUCUGCUAGUUAUGUCUCAGGCGCCUCGUCUCCGCACACUGGUGGCCGCCCUGUUAGCAAGAGUCGAAAGAACUCUAUCCCGGAGCGAUCUGAUCUCCUUCGCCAUAACGAUGAUUCCGACAUUGGUAGCGAUAUUGACGUCUCCGACCUGCCUCCGCCAGCCCGACGAUCACCACUGCCACGGGCUAGCACCGCUCCUCCAUCUCGAGUAGACAGUGCAUAUGCAACUCCCACGACAGAGACACCCGGUGGCCAACCUAUAACAGCAACCAAUGCCCUCCGACAGCUCUGGUCCUCGGAGGAUCCUGCCAGUGUGUUCCACCAUCUAGACGAGGACUUCAUCAAGCCCAGGCUACUGCUUCAAGGUGAUGGCUCUAGGGGCGGGCACGGUGGACCAAGCUGAGUGGGAUAUAGUGAAUGAUGGAUAUUCAUGAGAUUCCCGCGUCGAGGCGGGCUGUAUCAUCUUAUGUGCAUGAACGGCGUUGGGUUUCAUUAGUAUAGACAUGGCAUUGAUGUUAG